CAUCGCACUCGCAAUCGCAGCUCAAGCGUCAAUAAAAUGCAGGCGGCAGCGAAAUCAUACUCCACACCAGACACCACAGACCCGCUCACGGCUAUGGCUAAUGUUUCACAGGCCGUAGCUAUGCCGUCCUCCUCCCGCCGCCACGGUGGUCGCCACAGAGCAGAACCUCCCUCGCAUUCACCAGCGCCCAGUGAGCCGAGGGACUGGACGGCGCUGCCUCAGGACAUCCUGAUAACCGUCUUCCUCAAGCUUGGGCCCCGCGAGAUCAUGCUGGGCGCGGAGUUCGUGUGCACGACGUGGCGACGCGUAGCCGUCGGCGAGGCUCUGCUGUGGCGCCGCAUCGACAUGAUUUCGGCUUUUUACCCCGCCAGGCGCUCGAUGGCGCGUGUCGCGCUAGAUCGUAGCGCGGGGCAGUGCGAAGCCUUUUGGGAAUUCUGCGACAGUGAGAUGCUGCUCUAUCUUGUGAAAAGAGCACCCUGUUUGAAAAGCCUCCAUCUCUCAACUUUUAAUGGCAGCCAACUUGUUGCAGUGCUUAAGAAACUCCCUCUCCUCGAGGAUCUUGAAGUAUCUCCCUCGUUGUAUUUCUGUAGCACCGAAACAUUCUUGGAAUAUGUGUUUCAAGCUUGCCCCCUUCUCAGGAAACUCAGAAUCAGGUUCCGCACUGGUGGAUAUUAUUGUGGUGAUGACUGGAUGAUGAACGAGAUUAUAGGUACAUUCACAAGAAUGUCUGAACUACGCUCCUUAGCAUUGCUGGACUGUGACCUAACUGCUGAAGGAUUGACAGCCAUACUUGAUCACUCCCCUGUACUCGAAGAUCUCUACAUUACAGGUUAUUUUGAUGGUAUAAUGGAUGCAGAGCUAUGUGCAAAAUGUGCGAAAGUGAAGAAACUGACCCUUCCAGAUAUCUCGGACUCGGACGAAGAAGAGUCGGACGAAGAAGAGUAUUAUUGGGGCGUGUAUUAUGAAAACAGCAGCGAUUAUGAAUUUUAGAGAACUGAUCAUGGUGGAAGAGAUUUCCGUGAUUAUAAUAGCUGGGAGAUUCCUUGCAACGAAAUGGCUGUGCCAUCUGUCAUCAAAGUUUUAUAUACGUGAACUUGCCACUACUUGGGAUGAUCUUAAAUGCAGUUUAUCCUUUUGCAAAUGUAUGUCGUCAGUUAUGCAUGGAUGUUAAUGCUAGAUUUAAUUAUUUUCACUUUUUCAGUUUGGUGCUAGAUGUAUUUAUAUGGGUUCAAAUCUUGUUGCCACAA